AUGGGCGACAGUGCGGGAAUACACCGCUAUGUGUCGUUCCACGAGCGGCUGAAGAAUGUGACUAUUGAUCUCUCAAGGGAUGCAAGCCAUAGCUGGGGGCAAAAUCGAUUGCAAGUAGCCGGUCUCGAUGCGCCUGCGAGUGUGUUUGCUGAGGCGACUGGUACUGCAACGACCAUUGCCGAGACAUCUGACUUGCAGAGUACAGCAUUCGGCACAGCCCUAGAGCAAUGGAACGAGCUGAAUUUAAGCUUGCCAUUCCAGGAGUUUUACGCGCUUGUCAAGCCUAAAGCGCAGUCCCUUGUCCUGCUUCUGCAUCACCGCGACGAAAUUGCAACUGUAUUGGAUGCGUCUCUGAUCUUACGAGAUGAUCGAAGUUGGCUUGCAUGGGAUGCACUUCUUGACCUUGUACCUCGUAUGGCGUUUGAUCUAGGACCAGAAUUUUUACCCGUUUACCCAAAGCUCUUGACUGCGCUACUGCGUGCAUCGUCAUCAAUGAAUAAGAACUUGACACAUGGAGACGAUGCUAUGGCUGCACGUCUCGUUGAACGAGCGUUCCACAGUGCUGCCUGGCUUUUUCGCGCUGUGACUUCGCUGAUGCUUAAAAGCCAGAGUCCUGAGCUUCUAAUCACAAGCUGGACGAUUGUGAGGGACGUUAUUGCGGCUGAAAAACCUAGUCAGCCGUUGCCGGCAGGUGCUAAUGAAAAUAUCAAUGAAGUGGCCGAUGAGAAUGAAGAAGAUAAGGAUGAGGAUAGGGAAGAAAAUAUUGAAGAGGGUGAGAAUCAAGUGCUUGUCCAUACAUCGCAGCUUUCGCCCACGACGCACACUAGGCGCUUCGCAACUGAAGCAUUGUCAUACCUGAUUCGCAAGGCCCCACAAGCUCAACUCAAAGAACUAGUCUCACACAUGUUAGUUGACGCGAAUUGCUAUGGGCUUGCAUUGGAGCACGGAAUAGCCGCUACAUGGGCUAACAGUUGCAAGACAGCGUCACAUGCAUUGCAUUCACGCACACCUGAGCUUCUCUCGUGUAUUAUGGAUCUUGAAUCCCCUUGUGCUAUGAUGGUUCGCCGCAUUGGCCGUUGGAUCAUCACGUCCCUUGUGCACCAUACACGAGCACCAGGCAUGGUGUGUGUCUUUGACUUUCUUCUACAGCGGGCAUCGUCUCUUCAGCCAGGCGACGCACUGCAAUCAAUGCUCGAAUGGCUCAUCGCUGCUAUUGGCACGCGGAAAGGUAAACGUGUUGCUGAAGAUUCACUCCAUCAGGUGCUGGUCUUUUUGGCUGAUCUGGAUGAACAUUUGCCAUGGACAGAAGCCCAUGCGUCGCUCCUCCAGUCCUACAUUACACUUGUGUGCUUGUCACUUCCUAAGGCUCAUGUACGGGACAUGACGGGGCCUGGUAAGCGGCUUCUGCAAGCAUUUGUGGCGCGACCCAAGGAAGAGUACUUUGACAUGCCAUGGGCCGCGUUGGCUGGCAUGUUCCGAGUGCUGGGUGAUCCAGCAACUGCAUGGCAUGGGUUUUCCACCUUUGCACUGCCACAUGCAUUGGAGGCCACUUCGCGUGUGCUUGAAGACGAUGCACCUAACGCACAUCAAGACUCAGCUCUUGCACUAUUGUCCGUUCUUGACACACAAGGCCAUUUGGACCCGAUGCUCCAUGCGCCGCCCACGACCAUCGUGCUUCGGUGGAUCAAACGCACGCGCCGCAUUGUACAGAAGCGGCUCGAGCAGCUUGCUGGACGCCUUGAGACAGGCUCAUGGACAGAUGAGGCGACCGUAUCCCUGCCGGCUGUCCAGCUCGCAUGCCGAUUCCCACAGUUUGCCGCCAAGUUUGUGCCGCUUCUUGUUCAGUGCAUCCAGUCCGCAGCAGCGAUGGGCCUUGAGUCAGGUGCACUAGGAGCCAGGUCUGGAGCGGCUGUCAUAGACAUGUCAGCUGUGAUGGGCGCACUCGUGGCAGGUCUCGUGCACUUGUUACAGGCGAGCGACGUGCCAAAAGAGCCGUUGUCUUUUCUGUUUGACGGCAUGCCUAGCACGUUUGAAACGUUGCUGCGUGCAUGUGCGUCCAACCAUGCUGUGCUUCCCGCCCUUGCUGAUCUUGCGUGCAUUGCGCAUGUGCAGAGCGUCAGACUGCCCGGCGCUGCGUUAACAUGGUCGAUGCUGUCGGCGGCUGUGCUUGAUGCGAACCGAGCUGUCGUCCUCGCAGCGUUGCGCAUCAUGUCACUGACGAUCGGUGAUGUGCCUGUGCGUGUGAUGGACAUGCUUGUCGACGUCGAGAGCAUGGGCUUGGAGGUACAGACGAUUGCUACGCGCAAUGUCAAGUUGCGGCAUAUCCAGCGCGAAGCAUGCAAAGUCCUGCGGGCCGACGAUGUCCAGAUGCAGGCGCUUGUGUAUUAUACAGUCGGCACGCUCAAGAUCAACUUCCAGCCAGUGUGGGCGGCCAGUCGAGAAACACUGGUGGCUCUUUGCUCGCGAGUGCCGGAAGAGGUGUGGCGUGUCUCAUUUGCCGAGUGGCAGGCAGCUGAUGCUUUGAUCCAUGCAGGGACAACUUACAUCCAGGAUCACCAAGCGGGUGAGAUCUUGGACACUGCUAUGAAGUCUGACUCCGCAUUUGAUGACACUGUCGACACGGAUACAGAAGAUGCUUUUUCUUUGCACGAUGCCCAGCGGCAGGAACGUGUGCGAUGGAUUCUGCGCUGCAUGCAGAUGGAAAGUGUGACGGCUGUGGAACAUGCAAGGUAUGGACUUGCGGAAAGGUCGAAUGCCCGUGAUGUGCGUCUCGACGUGCGCCACUAUGCCGAUCAGCUGUUGCGUGUGUACGAGAAGCAUGCGAUGCUGCCUGAGAAACACAGCGAGGCGUUUGUGUCGGCUGUCAUUGCACAGUGGUCGUCACUGGUGGACGACGAAGCGGAGCUGGAACUGGCAUCAGCAUCCACACCGACAACUGGCGCACGGAUGCCAGCGGUCAUGCGGGCCGAGCGACUCAGGCGCUUUCUCGCGAUAUUUGCUGAAUUCCGUCAUCCCGCGAGUAUGUAUAAGUCACCUGCGAUGAAGAGCCGCUUUCUUGCCUUGUGCGCGAAUCCGGAGCUGGCGAUCCAGCGAGGCGCCGUCGAAUGUCUUCUUGCUUGGAAAGACGAAUGGCUUGUUUUGCAGGAAGACACGCUGCAAAAGCUGCUCGACCCCGCCAAGUUCCGCGACACGCUCUCUCACCUCAACUUAGCCGCUUCGUCGGAGCAGUUCAGCCCGACUGACCGACCGCAUGUCAUGCAAGUGCUUGUGCGUCUGCUGUACGGCAUGAUGGUGUCGCGUCGUGGUGCGCGGACAAGUGGUGCAGGACAGACGGCGCGCCGCUCAGCUAUCCUUGCGUCGCUGUACGAGAGCAGCGAGGACGAUAUUGGUUUGCUCGUGAAUCUUAUGCUUGGUUCAUUCAGCGACCUUCACGCUACUCCUCUCUCACAUUCAGACGUGUUCGUUGUACCUGCCAAGGUCCCGCAGGCCUUGCCUCGCAAGCAGUUGGGUCUGCUGGCGACGAUGGGUGAUGUGUUGCGGCAUUUAGGGCGGCCCCUCACGUUCUGCCUGCCGCGUCUCGUGGCAGUCGUGGUGACCAUAGAUGCUCAUGCGAGCGAAUCAUCCGAUGCAACGAUGCGGAUGAUUCGACGUACCGCAUUUCGGCGACUCGCUGACUUUGUACGCUUGGCACCCGAUGUCGACUGGCAUCCAUUCCGUACGGCGAUCCUGUCCAAACUCAUUCAUCCACGCUUGGCUACAUUUGCGGACGACAGCGUCCAGGCCCCAUCUUCGUUGCUUGAUGUAUGCUGUGCUUGGGUGUCGCGACCGGACACGCUCCUGUGCUUCAUGAGUGAUCCAUCCGUGCUGCGUUCUGUCUAUGCGGGUCUUAGCCGGCCUAGUAUCAAGCCAUCUGUCGUGCACACAAUCCUCGACAUGGCUGAGCGCAUCUUGCAUGCUGGUCAAGGUCUGCACGGUGACCAGAACGAUAUGGCCGAUGUCAGCGACAUUCACACAACACAAGCUAUCCACAGUCGUGUCGUUGUGCCAACUUCUUCGUCAUUGCUCGAGCAUAUUGUGCCGCUGGUACGCCAUACGAUCCACUCUUCGUUUGCGCAUCCUCUCUCCACGCAGGUCCGUGAUGAAAUGCUGCGCAAGCAGCUCAGUGUCUUGUCUCAGCUUGCGCCACAUUUGACAAGCUCCGAUGAUGCCGCGGCUGUGCUUUCGCUUCUUGUGCCACUCAUGCAGCACGGUGCGAAAGCAGUGCCUGAACGCGUCAAAAUAGAGCUGCUGCGUACAUUGUCGUUGCUGCUUCCUCGUGCCAGCUGUGAAGGCGCUGCCCUCGAUGAUUUGUACACGCUCUUUUGUCGCCUCGGCGCCGAGUUGCGAUGGCAGCCAGCUCGCAUGCAGUAUGCUCAAGCUUUCGCACAGCUUGCACAAAAAGAUGCCUCUCUCGAGCGCAUCACCUCAUGGGUAUCGAGGCUCAAUGCCUACUCGGCGCGCACACUCAACGAGCCUGAUCUCGAGACGCGUCUGUUGGCGUUUGACGCGAUCCUCGAUCCUCACACGCAAAUCGACGUGCGUGAAUGGCAUGCACUUUUGUACGAGGCACUCUUCUUCGUCAUGGAUGAAGAGCUAGUACUGCGCACGAACGCGUCCUCACUGAUUCAGCGCUUCGUCAGCGAGGCGCAAAGCGAACAGGCUUUGUCACUCGCCACUGACGUGCUAUUGCCAGGUGUAUACAAGCGCCUCCACACCCGCGUAGAAACGGUGCGCAAAGAACUGCUCACAAUUUUGGGUCUCGCUGUGGCCCAUUGGGCCGACGUUUUGCCGUCACUCACCGAGCUGCAAGUGCUGCGCGCUGGUGGCGAUGACGAGGCCAGUGUGUUCACGAACCUGUACCAUAUCCAGACGCAUCGUCGAGUUCGUGCGUUGCAUCGUCUGGGCGAUGCUGCUGAGGCUGGCUCACUGCGCAGUCGCACACUCUCGGAGCUAUUUGUCCCUCUCGUCUGGCUCUUUCUCCUGCCAAAUCAGUCUGGCGGCAUUGAUAUGAACAUGGCAAACGAGGCACUUGCUUGCAUACGCCGCAUGGCAACGCACUUACAAUGGGGCCACUAUUACUAUUGGCUCAAGCGCUUUCUGCGUCAGCUCAAGGAACAUGCAGGCAAGGACGAGACAUCGGCGUCUGAGCGACUGCAUGUUCGCGGCAUUGUGGGUGUAUUGGAGGCAUUCCAUUUUCCCAUGGAUGAGGAUGUCGAGAUGUCCGACGACCCCAUCGCUGAUGAGAGUUCGACACAGGCGCCGCCACACGCCAUCGCGCAUGAUCUGACGCUCGAUACAGCUGACGCACGGAGCUUGCCACGUGCACAGCGUCUCGCUCUUGCCACAACCCUGACAACGCGCGUCUUGCCGCCCUUGUACGAGGCCCUUGCCACAAAGGAUGAAGACCGUCUUCCUGCUCGUCUGCCCCUCCUUAUAGGGACUGCACGUCUUGCCAUGUACCUUCCGAGUGAUCGACGGAAUGUGGAAUUAUUCAAAGUGUUCUCUGAACUUGGUUCUGCUCUUCGUAGCAAACUCCAGUCCACUCGCGAUACGUGCCGCGACAUGGGCGUUCAAAUGCUGCGUGCUAUCGGGGCUUCGUAUCUUCCUGAUGUCGUGCAUGAGCUUCGGCGCAUCCUCACUCGUGGUCCUCAGCUCGCCGUAUGUGCAUACACCCUGCACACGCUGCUUGUUGCUCUGGCCGUGCCUGCCGUGCCAGGCACCGCGCCCCUACUGACGAAGCUUGACCGGGGCGUGCGUGAUAUGACAGAAGCUGUGAUGGAAGACCUCUUCGGCCUCACUAGCGAAGACCGUGCGGCUGUUGAGUAUAAGACCAAGGUUCGCGAGCUCCGUCAAAGCAAGAGUCUUGACUCUUUCGAACAUCUUGCGCGACUUGUGGAUCCGCGCUCCCUCCAGGAACUUCUCUUGCCUUUGCGGGGUGUUUUGGCUACGUCCAUUGACCCAAAGACGUUGCAUUCCGUAAAUGAAUGCUUGCACCGCAUUGCCUCAGGCGUCAGUGCCAAUCCUCACAUCGACACCAGUUCCUAUCUUAUUCUGUGUUAUACACUCAUUGCACGCGGUGCCAAGGCUCUUGCUGAAACACCACCAUCAGAAGCGCCCCAUCUUGCGCAAAAUGCACAUUUCUUCGUCGAGCUGGGCCUGGAUCUUUUGACGACCGCCCUGCGGAGAUCGCGCUUUGACAUCCAUGACGAAGCGACGGUGUCGAAGCUGUUGCCGUUGGUCAAAGCCGUUGGCGAAACGCUGUACGCACGCAAUGCGCCUGUCGUUGAGCGCGGCUUACGGGCCGUGGCGGCUCUAGCGCGAUGUCCGCUACCAAAUCUUGAUGAAACACUACCUGUGAUGCAAAAGCAAAUGCUUCUCUUGCUCCGUCAUGCAGGUGGCAUUCACUCUUCCAUGGCUCAGACGACUCUCCGCUCACUCUCUGUUGUUUUGCGUGAAGGCCGCGCGAGAGCUCCGCCUGCCCGGCAGUUGACGGAGCUCCUGAACCUAGUUUCGUCUGAACUUGAUGCACCCGAUGCCCAGACAAGUGUGUUUGCGUUGCUGCGUGCCAUCGUAUCGCGAGCAUUUGUGGUGCCUGAGAUUUACGAUGUCAUGGAUCGCAUUGCUGAGCUGCUGGUGACAAGUCACGACGCGCAAGUUCGUGAGAUCUGUCGCUCUUUAUACCUCUCUUUCCUGCUCGACUACCCUCAAGGACAAGGCCGGCUCAGGAGCCAGCUCGAGUUCCUUGCAAAGCACCUUGCCUACGAGAGCGAAAGCGGCCGUCGAAGCGUUUUAGACAUCCUAGGCGCCAUCAUGUCGAAGUUCUCAACCGAUGUCAUUUCGCAAUACUCGCAGCUGUUUUUUGUUGCGCUCGUCAUGCAGCUCGCGAACGAAGACUCGCCGCAUGUAAGACGACACUCGGCUGACGUUCUGGGCACACUUCUUCGCACCGUUCAUGAGAAAGAACGCGACGCUCUUUUGCGUAUGGCCAAGGGAUGGGCGAUGGCGCAUGGCAGUGACCAAGCCCAAAAGCUCGCAGCUGUCGCGCUGCGUGUCUAUGACAUUGCACAUGCUCAAUCCGCUUGUCCUCCUUGGGCUAUUCAAGAUGCCUCGGAAGCCAUCUCUCAGGCAUUAUACGACAGUGCACAAGCCAUGAGUAGCGAUAGUGCCGAUCCGGACUCCAUCUCCUGGCAGCUCACGUACCAGGCGCUCCAGACUAUGCAAACGAUCGUGCUGGGCGAUCCAAAGGCUUGGUCUCGCUUCGACUCGGCUAUCUCAAAUGUUGUUACAUUGCUGACGUGGCCUCAUGCUUGGUGCCGAGUUGCUGCGUCCCGUGUGAUGGGCGCUUAUUUUGCAGCAGAUAUGCACAUGGAAGCAAACGAGUUGAUCCGAACAGCCAGGCAACUGGUGUCGCAACUGUACAGCGCAUUUUUGGACGAUGCACUGACGCUGCAAGUGGUGCGCAACCUAGUUUUUCUCGGCAAGGCUUUUGCUCGUGGCGAUGCCAUGGAGGCUGAUGACGAUGAACAAGACAGUGAUGACGACGAGGACGAGGGUGAUGUGGAGAACGAUGGGGAAGUUGAUGUGGAGUUUGACGCAGCAGAAACUCUCGAUGCUAAUGAUAACGAUAACGAGCAUGACGACACGCACGUGGACGACUCCGAGAAGCCAUCACCACAAUUGGCAUGGCUGUUUACGAAGCUGUCCCAUGCUGCACGUCUCAGCCAUCGCGGCGGUCGCUCAGACACAGCGCCUCAGCGAGUCGGCGCUGUUCUUAAAUGGUUCGCUGCCAUGGCCACACAGCUCAGUGCAUCCAUCAUCUCCAAGUUCUUGGUCCAUAUUCUCUCGCCCAUACAGCGUGUCAUGGAUGACGACCAGGCGCCCGAAGAUCUGAGUAUGCUUGCAACUGAGGUUCAAGACCUCAUCCAAGCCCAGGUGGGGCCCACUGUCUUUACGCGCGCAUUUGCACACGUGAAGCAAGCACGUCUCAAUAAACGCCGUGAACGGAAGCAUGAGCGCCUCUUUGAGACUGUCAUGGAUCCUGAGCGCGCGGCGAAGCGGCGCGCUUCAAGAAAUGCAGCAAAGCACCAGAGUCGAAAACGUAAGCAUGCACACUACCGUGACAAGCGGCAGUCCAACAAACGCACGAAAGCGGUAGAAGGAAAUUAG